AUGGUAUAUGAAAAGCAGAGAUCAAGUCGGCUUAUGGCCAGCGAGUAUAGUGAAAAAGGGGUAUCGCAGAGAGGAAUCCGUUGGCAUAGAGAUAGCAGCAGCAACAACAGCAACAGCAUCAGCAAGAACAAGGAGAAAAAAACGAAAGAGAAACUGUUAGAAAAUGCGAAUACCGCCCUCGCUGUAUUUGAUCAUGAUGUUAUUGUUGUUGUUGCUGCUGCACAUAAAAACAGAAAAAAAGCAACAAUAACCUCUUAUUUCACUGUAAUGCUUCUACUGUACCAAAUGAUAGAGUCUUCAACACCUUCUACUUUUCCACUACUUUUUUCUUGGUUUUGCAGCAUGAACGGCAGUUGGGUUAAUGGGUUAAGAAAAGAAAAAAAAAAUAUAUAUAUAUAUCUAUGUGUACCAAUACAAGAAAAAUAA